UGUCACUCAGGUACUAGAAGAUGAUCGUCAGCAUCUUUAUCUUAACUUUAGCGGUCCACCUGAGUAAAGGUGCUGCGAUCCAAGAGGAUGAAGUUUUCUGUGAAAUAAAUCCUCUUGUAUACACCAACUCUCCCCUGGUGAUACCCAACGGAGGAAACACUUUCCUUUACCCCGAGCACGGUGAAACCACCCUACGCAUUCCCGCUGGACAAACGGUGGACCUGGUAUGCCCCGGAAGCGUACUCGUAGUACUGGGCUCCCGAGCGCAAGAAAGCGUCAGCGCCACCUGCAUCUCCAACAUCCGGUUCCGCAUCCUCGGCGAAAGGACUCUCUUCACCCAAGUCUCCUGCGCCGGAGACGCCGUGGCUAUCACCAGAUUCACGGGGGCGACAUGCGAAAGCGGAGGCAGGGUUGGAGAGAUCGGAUUCAGCCUUACCGACAGUCGCUUCCUGCGUAUUAUCUUGGUCUGCUACGACACCGUCGCCCAGAGCCCGCUCUACACCUAUUUCGACAUGACCGCUUCGAUUGGCAACAACGCCAAGGGAACUCCAAGACCGCUGUUCGGACAGGAUAACGAGUUUUACAAUUUAGGGAGCAGAACGGUGAACCAACUGUACACUAGAGCCGUACAAAGGCAGACAGUCAACACGCUAAUAGGUCUAUCCACGACUGAUCUUACUUUUAUCGACAAUGGGAGCUGGUUCUUCUUCGCGAGAGGGCAUCUAACAGCGAGAGCUGAUUUCUUCUAUCCCGCGCAACAGAACGCCACCUUCCGCUACACGAAUGCUGCCCCGCAGUGGCAGACCUUCAAUGGGUUGAACUGGAACGAGAUCGAAGGUAGCACGAGAAGCUACGCGAGUAGGAACGCUGUGGAUCUUCAAGUGUGGACUGGGAUACAUGGUGUAACCACUCUUCCCCAUCAGACUACCGGGGCGCAGAUACCCAUCUAUCUCUUCACCGAUAACGGGAACAGAGCGUUACCAGCUCCUGCAAUCUACUGGAAGGUGGUGUAUGAACCGAUUUCGAGAAGAGGCGUUGCUUUGAUAGGGGUGAACAACCCGUAUGAUACGACUGUUGCUAGUAACUUAAUUUGUCCAGAUGUGUCGAGUAGCCUCAAUUGGUUGACGUGGAAUAGGCUUAAUAUUACUCAAGGAUAUUCCUAUGCUUGCACUGUAGCCAAUUUGAGAAGGGCUGUUCCUUACGCACCUAACCUCCAGGUAUCUGGACUACUUGUUUCUCCGUUAGCAAUGUUUCUCUCGCUACUAAUUUUUUUCAGUUUCAGUUCAAUAGUUACUUGUUUCAAAGUAUCAAACAAUACGAGAUCUGCAGGAUGCGAAUAUCAUAUUAACCAAUUACCCAACCACACUCCACUGGUCCUGAGCCUAUCAACAAAAGAGAUACUCUACCCCAACUAUGGAUCUUCCUUCGUAACUUUGGCCAGUGGAGAAUCGGUGGAACUAGACUGUCCCGGAACAGCUAAUUUGCUAGCUGGUGAUUUGACGACCCGAGAAAUUACCAACGCGAAAUGCCGUUCAGGAACAACUUUCGACAUAGCCGGCAACUCCGUCGACAUCGGCACAGUCCUGUGCUCCAGCAGAAUAACCAGCGUCGCCAGAUACACAGGAGCAAGCUGUUGGGGUAACGGAAGAGAAAUCGAAGUAGGCCUCCAGGUGAGAGACGGCCGAUGGUUGCAAUUGCUGACUUCCUGUUUUGAUGAUGUUGCGAGAAACGUCCUCUACAGUCGAUAUAUCCUGACAAAACAGAUAGGAAAUCAAAUAACGGGUGGCACUAGCCCUACCUGGUCUGAAGGUACUUUUUAUAACCUGGGUGUUACCCUUAACAACAUAUAUCCGAUUGCGAAUCACAGAGUAACAAUCAACAGGCAAGUUGGAUUGCCUGAUGGGGACUUUAAAUAUGUACAAGCUUCUGGUCACCACUACAUAGCUAGAGGUCACUUAAUAGCGAGGACGGACUACAUGUACAACGCACAGCAAAUGCAAACUUAUCACUACAUCAAUUCUGCCCCCCAGUGGCAGACUUUCAACGGGUACAACUGGUUCUAUUUCGAAAGAAACCUUAGGAACUACGCAGCGAAUAAUUUCGUAGAUUUGGAGGUAUACACAGGUACCUAUGGAAUAUCAACUCUUCCCCAUGAAGUAACCGGUGAAGACGUGGAACUUUAUUUCUUUGUCGACGACAAUGGCAACAGAGCCAUGCCGAUUCCGGAACUGUUUUGGAAGGUCGCCUACGACCCGAUCAACAAGGCAGGAGUCGCUGUUUUGGGAAUAAAUAAUCCUUACCAGACUGACAUCGAGAGAAGCAUUAUCUGCGACGACAUAGCUGAUAAAUUAACGUGGUUGACUUUUGACAGAUUUUGGGUUCAAAGGGGGUAUAUGUAUGCGUGUACCAUCGACGACUUAAGAAGGUUUGUGCCGAAUAUACCGAGGUUUGAUGUGAGAAGUAUUCUCAAUUAAAGAUGUCGAGGAAUUUGUGUUUA